AUAUGACGUCAAGGUCCGGCCUCCACAACAACCGGGUGCAGUUUCUUGUAUUAUGAAAACUCCUGAAUGGCAGUGUUGGGUAACUGCUGUUUCCUCGCCCUUAUACAACAGCAUGUGGAGCUCUGAAGGACUACUGCUCGUCUAGCUCUGGAUAUUAUUAUUCAAAGAAAGUUCUUCCACUGACGGCAGCUAGCAUGGCGAGGAGGAGAGAGUGCGCAAACACGGGGGGCGACACAAAGAAACUGAAGCAGGUGCUGAAAGCGAAGAGCUGCGGGGCAAAAACAAGAGCGAAGAAGAAAGAUGCUGGUGAGGACAUCAAAGAUAAAGAGGAAAAGAUAGAGAGGAAGGUCAUCCCUAAGCCCCGCGCGCCCUCAAAGCGAGCAGCAGGAAAUAAAUUGUCUUCCCAAUCUGACACCAGCUCUGCUGUCAAUACCAGCAAAUACUUUGAGUCACCCAUUAUGGAGGAGAAUGAUAGCGAAGAUGACUUUGAUAUGGUGACCUCCCCACCACGGCUUAAGGUGAACACCAAGAAACCAGAGAAAGAAGAAGAAGAAGAAGGGGAGGACAGUGAGGAGGAAGAUGAGGAUGAUUGGGAAGAAGUGGAAGAGCUAGCUGAGCCGCUGGGUCCACUCGAGCCUCUAGAACCCGUCCUGCCCUCUGAGCCUGUGGAGAUUGAGAUCGAGACCCCAGAAGUCAGAAAGAGGCAAAAAAAGCAGGCGGAACUUGAGACGUAUCUGAGGCGAAUGGUGAACCGAUAUAAGAAGGACCUGCUGAUAGACACCCACAAGGUCCACCUCAUGUGCCUGAUUGCCAGCGCCAUGUUCCGCAACAGGUUGUGCAGUGAACCAGACCUGCUGGCCGUCACUCUGUCGCUGCUGCCUGCCCACUUCACCAUGGCAGCUAAGCGCAUCGACCAAAACUACCUCUCUGGGCUGCUUAAAUGGUUUAGAGCAACAUUUACCCUCAACUCCAGUCUUCCCUGUGAAGAGGGUCCGGACCCCCAGAGGCUCCUCGAGAGGCGACUGGCAAGCCUCUCAGCCAGAAACCACGAGGAGAUGACUCACCUGUUUCUCUUGGUCCUACGCUCUCUGCAGCUCUUCUGCCGAUUGGUCCUUUCUUUGCAGCCGAUUCCUUUCAAAGCCCCAUCAGCCAAGGCCAAAGGGGCUAGAACAUCUGCUGGUGCCCCAGAAAAGAGCAACACAAGCAAGGAAUCAUCCAAGACAAACUCCCCUGAGCCAAAGAUUUCUCCUGGCACCAAGAGACCAGCAGGAGGGAGAACGAUCAAAGGAGACGUAGGAGGAAAGAAAGCAAAGAAGAAAGAAAAGGAUGAGGAGGAAGAGAAGAAAGUUGUAGUAUCAGGGGGGCAGAGACCAAAGAACUCAAAACGCCGCAGUGUUGCCUCAAAGGUCAGCUACAAGGAAGAGAGCAACAGCGAAGGGGAGGAGGAUGGAGGGCUUAGUGACGAAGAUGAGUUUCAAGCCACCAGUGAGGAUGACAGUGAGGAUUCAGAGAGUGGGGUUAAAUCUAAAAAGGGGAAUAAAGGGAAAGGGAAGGCCAAGGGCACACACAGCAGAAAUACUGCAGCUCCAAAGAGAAGAAGCAGUGGAGGUAAAAAACAGGUAAAAGAUGAGGAGGAUGGAGACUUGGAAGAAGAAGAGGAAGAAGGAGGAGAAGGAACAACGAGCAAUGGAACAAAAAGGAGGAGUGGGGCAAAGAGAGAAGGCCCAGGUGCAGACGAGUGGUUAGAGGUGUAUCUGGAGAAAACAGCUUCCUGGGUUUGCGUAGAUGUGGAUCACGGUGUUGGAGUUCCUCAACUCUGCUACCGGAAUGCAACCACACCGGUGACAUAUGUGGUGUCUGUGGACGGGGACGGGUUUGUGAAAGACCUGGGAAAGAAGUAUGACCCGACUUGGAUGACAUCAUCCAGGAAGAGGCGGGUGGAUGAUGACUGGUGGGAGGAAACGCUUGAGCCAUUCUUGGGACCCGAGGACGAGAAAGACAUAAAGGAAGACAAGGAGCUCCAGAAAACUCUUCUGAACAAACCUCUGCCAGUGUCUGUAGCGGAGUAUAAGAACCACCCGCUGUAUGCCUUAAAGAGACACCUGCUGAAAUAUGAGGCCAUCUAUCCUCCUACAGCCACUGUGCUGGGAUACUGCAGAGGGGAGCCAGUAUACUCUCGGGACUGUGUGCACACCCUGCACUCCAGAGACACGUGGCUGAAAGAAGCAAGGACUGUCCGGUUAGGGGAGGAGCCAUACAAGAUGGUGAAGGGCUUCUCUAAUCGUUCCCGUAAGGCCAGGAUGACGUCUGAGCUGAAGGAUGAGAAUGACCUGGCUCUGUUUGGAGAAUGGCAAACUGAAGAGUACCAGCCGCCGAUAGCCGUGGAUGGGAAGGUCCCACGUAAUGACUACGGUAAUGUCUACCUGUUUAAACCCUGUAUGUUGCCGGUGGGCUGUGUUCAUAUCAGGUUGCCCAACCUGCACCGCGUGGCCAGGAAACUGAACAUUGACGCAGCGCCUGCAGUCACAGGUUUCGACUUCCAUGGAGGAUACUCGCACGCUGUCACUGAUGGCUACAUUGCGUGUGAGGAGCACGAGGAGGUCCUCAGAGCUGCGUGGGUGGAAGAACAAGAGCUUCAGAAACAGAAGGAGAAAGAGAAAAAAGAGAAGAGGGCCAUCUCCAACUGGACUCUGCUGGUGAAAGGACUGCUGAUCAGAGAAAGGCUUAAAAAGCGUUACAACAAGAAGAACCAGGGAUUGGGGAGCCUUGCUCAUGGAGGUGACGCCGAAGGGUUUUCCUCAGAUGAGGAGGCUGCUGAGGGUGAAAGUCCGGGAGCUAAGACGGCAUCUGAGACUCUAGCAAUGUCCUGGCCUCAGAACAGACAAGCAGAGGAGGAUGGUGGAAAUGCCAGCGGACUGAAGAAGAAGAAAGUAACAAAACGAGAGAAGAAGGGUCAAGAGCAACAUUUAUUCCCCUUUGAGAAAGUGUGAUGUUGGAGACCACCUUCAGGUUUUUGUAAAGCAAAGAUUGAUUCCAUUAUGCUGUUAAAGAAGCACUUUCACUGACUUCUUGCAACAUUUAGUUUGGAAGAUGUUCACAUCACUUCAAAGCAGGAUGCUGCAUGGGUCACUGAAAUACCCUGGAGCCUUUGGAAGUAACGCUGGAAGGAAAGGAAAGGAAAUACGGGAAGCGAGGAGAAGGUGACGACAUAAAGCCUCACUGUUCAUAGCUCCAUUUUGGUGUACACUGUAUUGUAAGAUUUUUAUGGGAGAACUUCAUGGACAUACAAAAUGACAGUAAGAGGGGAAAAAAAACAUGCAUAUGUACAGCAACAGUAUAGGUUGUCAUGGAGACUGUGGAAGUGUCCUUACAUCUUCAUGUGUAUUAGGUGAGUAUUGGGCACUGAUAUCAGGUUUAAAUAUUCAGUGCUUCAAACUUUGACCAGUACAGACAGGUUUGAACCUGCUGGGCACAUUAAUGUUGGCAUUUAGAGCUUAUGCUGACAUGAAUGGAUAACUUGCGUGGCAAUUAAACACAAUACCUCCUGUGCUAACACUACAAAUUAUAAUGAAUGGUAAAAAUAAGCACACAGCAUCUGUGCUCCUGUCAGCUGCUGCUGUUUUAUCACAUUCAUGUUAGCAGUUUUUUCCCCAACCUGCAGGUCUGACCAAAUAAGAGCAUAGCUUCUGUUACUGGCUCAAUCUAAAUGUUUUGGGGUUUUUUUUACAAAGAAAGUCAUUCCGCUUAUUUACUUUUGUCAGCUGAUUUUUUUUUUAAUACUCAUGUUGGGUAAAGAUCUGACAGAGCCAUUGUAAGGAACCAACCACUGUGCACAUUUAAGUUGAUCUAUGGAUAUAGACUCCUCAUCUAACAAAGUAUAUGCAGACUAUAUGACAGUUUUUAAUAAGUGUAUAACUUGAAAAUCACUAAAACUGUUCUUUCAUUUUUGAUUUAUCUUUAGUGCUUCGUGUCCUCUUUGACCUGUUUAGCAGGGGGUUUGCUUAGAUCUCCUCUUCUCUUUGUCAUUGUUUGCAUUCAGUAUUUCUUUUACACUCAUUUCUUUUACAUAUUAGGCACCAUUUUAUAACUUUUGGCUGUAUAUUAUUGUUUCCGACACUGAAAAAAAGACAGAAAGAAAAUACCAUCCAUAAGUCAAAAUUUCAAGUUCAAAUUUUAGGAUCAUAUUUUCUUCUAAAUUUGAGUUGGUAAAUAGAAAUUUUGAGAUGCCUGACUGUAAAUUGUGAGAUAAUAACAUAACAAUGACAAAUUGAUGAAAAAAACAUUGUUUUGUAAUUGUUGGAAGAUUUUCCGUACUACAUGUCUUCAAACCAUUUAAAAGUUGCCAAUUGUUCUUGUAUGAAAUUUAUUUUUGUAAUAAAUGUUUAAAUAUAUUGAAAUAAAAACAAUGCUGUAGAUUUCUUAUAGAUUAUGCUAUCUAUACUUAUUAAUUGGACACUUUUAAAGAUCAUCAAGAUUGCCCCAUUAACCACCUUGAAAUGGUGAGUAAACAAAGGUGUUACUAAUGCCAUAUUAAUUAUGUUCUUGAAGGUUCAGUUGUAUUUAGGCACAGAGUCUUGAUCACUGUGAACUGCCUGUGUUUACCUACAAAAGGACUGCCAGAAGAGGGCCUGACUUUAGCUUGCUUUUCUCUCAAAUUUGGAUUUUUCUAAUUUUCUUAUGAAAAGGUAAUGAUUGUUUUUAGGUAGACUGUAAGGCAUUCCUUAAAAGUAAAGACAACAUCAGUGUAAACUGCAGAGGUAAAAUGUGUCAUGUUGCAGCAGUAACAGCUGACUGAACAUCAGCUCCAUUAGAAGAUCCAUCUUCCUCCUCAGCAAUUCCACCCUAUUACCAUACCAUUUCCCUCUGGGGCUUAGCCCUCGACUUCUCUCAGGCACUGCUGAGAAGCACAGCAGAGGAUAAUGCAUAGUUUAUCAAGCCAUCACUCCUAUACUUUCAUAGCAGAAGAACUGUAAGUCUAAUGUUU